UUUCCAGGACUCUUCUUGAGCCAUUUCCACCUCUCAGCCAUGAAAGGAACCGAAACUGCACAAACUUUGUAAGAUCCUCCCAGACUGGGCCAAUUUUGAUCCUGGUAUUCCUGGCUCUCCUGCUGGAGGACUGCUGUGCCUCCUCCUCCUCCUCCUUGCAUUCCCUCUACUAUUCUUACACCUUCCUCUCAAAGCCCAGCCAAGGGCUCCCCCAGUUCAGCAUCCUGGAGUCUCUGGAUGGUCAGUUUAUCGCUCACUAUGACAGCCACACGAAGGAGUAUCGCUCUCUAGUGCCUUGGAUGGAGCAGGUGAAGAAAGAAGAACCCCUUUGGAAGGAAUACAGUGAAAUAGCAAAGAAGGCAGAGCAGGACUUUGGGAGAAAUCUGGUAACCCUAAAGAAGUACUACAACCACAGUGAAGGGUUUCACACCUUGCAGUGGAGGUAUGGUUGUGAGCUGAGCUAUGGUUGUCCACGAGGAGGUUCUGAUCAAGACAGUUAUGAUGGGAUGACUUUUAUCAGCUUUGACAAGGAGACCCUCAGCUGGACAGCAUCUGACGCGGCAGCUCAACUGUCCAAGAGGAAAUUGGAAGGGAAUCCAUCAGUUGCCAAGCACAUAAAAUACUACUUGGAGGAAACUUGCAUUGAAAUGCUGAGGAGACGCAUUACAUAUGGGAAGGAGGCUCUGCUGAGGAACGAACCAAUAGCGACUGUCACGAGUAAGGCAGAGGUCAUCCAAACCGAAACACACAUCUGCCGAGUGGAUGGCUUCUUCCCCAAAGAUAUCAAAGCAACCUGGAGGAAGGAUGGAAACAUCUGGCUGCAGGAUACUUUGCAUGGGUUGGUUGCCCCCAACUCAGAUAGGACCUAUCACUUCUGGCUCAGCAUUAGGAUCAAUCCCAGUGAACGGAAUCGCUUCCAGUGCCAUGUAGAGCAUGACAGCCUGAACAGUCCCCUGAUAGUUGUUUUGAAAGUGCCAGCACCCCACCCAUUGUCCAUUAUAAUGACUGUUCUGGCAGCCACCUUCUUUGCCACAGCUGUUGUUUGGAGUUCAUUCUUGGUGGUAGACAUAUUCUGUUACUGGUAUAUGCAAAAAUUGCAAGAAUAUUCAGCAAGUGAUAAAGGAUCCAACAGUUCAGACCAGGGUGAAAAACCAGUCAAGAUGCUAUGUAGUAAGUAA